AAGCAGUGUGUCAGUACAGUCUGAAGAUAGUUCUAGUAGUGGCAAGCAAAGCAGUGGGUCGGUCCAGUCUAAAGGUAGUUCUAGUAGUGGCAAGCAAAGCAGUGUGUCAGUACAGUCUAAAGAUAGUUCUAGUAGUAGCAAGCUCAGCAGUCUGUCUGGCAAAUCCAAAAGUGAAUCACAAUUUAGAUUGAGUAAUAUAUCAAGGCUGGAAAGGUUACACAUCUUUUUCAGUGACCCUCUGACAAAACUCUACUGUUUUUUUAUGAAUGAUGCCAUCCCCAUUUUUGACAAGAUUAAUAUCUUGCUUCAAAGGAAUGAACCAUGUAUCCACAUUUUAAGAAGAGAACAGUUGUCAUUACUGACUGACAUUUAUGUUAGGUUUGUGACACCAAAUGCUGUUGCUUCCUGCAAGGAUGUACUUCAUUUAGAGCAUAAUGACAAGAGAAACCAAAGAGACAAUUCAGAAGUGUUUAUUGGACGAGAGGCUAGACAAUAUUUGCGCACGUUGGAAGAAGCAGAUGCAGUUAGCAAAGGAGAGAUUGAUAUAUUCUUCGAGUCUGUCAGAAGAUUUUAUUCGGCAGCAUGUACUUACAUAGUCAGCAAAUGUCCACUUGACAGUGAGCUUCUGCUGUGUGCUGAAGUUGCUGAUGUUAGUCUCAGGAAAACUGAGCAGUUUUCCUCAGUUGAGUAUUUUGUCAACAAGUUCCCCAGUUUACUUGGUGGCAGAAAAAUGGAUGAUUUAGAAAUGGAGUUUUUACACUACCAAGUGGACACAUUCUCCACUGAGGUUACUCACAAUAAUGUCACUGACAGUUUAGAGAGAAUUGAUACCAUUUGGAAUAACAUAGGACAUCUGACAAGUGCUGGUGGUAAUCCUAAAUACGGUUUACUGACAAAUGUUAUGAAACAAAUUUUGGUUAUUCCACAUAGUAAUGCUGACAGUGAGAGAAUUUUUAGCACAGUUAGAAAAAACAGAACUGAGUUCCGACCAAACUUGUCUGAUGAGCAGUUGUCAGCUUUGCUAGUACAGAAGUUCAGCAUGCUUGCUGCAGAUGUUCUUUGCCACGAAUUAAGUUUUACUGAUGAUUUGCUGAAGAAGGCCAAGUCAGCAACAUAUCAGUCAUUGAAGAGGUAAAGCCGCCAUAACCAGCAGUCAUGCCAGAAACAUGUUUAUUUCACUGUAAAUAAAGGUACUAUACUUUAAAAAAAUGUUCAGUUGUCAUCUCAGGAUUUAGUUCACAUGUAGUGAUAAAGAAUGUAAAGAUUCCUGAAAAUACUAUCAUAUUCCUGAAAAUGGCUUUUAAGAUUCCUGAAAACCGUUUCGACAUGUUGGCA